AUGGCCAAUGAUAAAGCCGCAUCCGCCUUCAUGGGCCUUCCGCUUGAAGUGCGACACACCAUCUUCGAGUACGUAGCUGCCCGUGACGUCAAGCCCAAGAAACUGCUCCGUUACUGGUUUGAGAAGAAGGAGGUCAAGGCACUUGUUGAGCAAGAGGUCACCAACAACCCCAACGGUCCUGCGCCCCAAGUAGUGUAUGGUAACGACUACGAUGAGUACGAAGACGAGAGCGCCGCAACUGAUGAAGACGGCGACGAGAGUGACGACCCAGAAGAGACUGAGAGCGCGGAAGAGGACAGUGAGACCGAAGAUGAAGAUGAGGACGAGGACGAGGACGGGGAUGACAAUGAAGAGGCAGAGCAAGAAGAGGAUAGCGAGGGUGAAGACGAAACCGAACUCGAGGAGGGCGACGAAGGUUUCACCGACAGCGACAGCAAUACUGCUGCCACAGCCGCCGCCACUCAGCCUCUUCCUCCGGCACCUGUGGUUCGGCCCCAUGCCAAAUGGCGACAUAUUCCAAACUUCAUGCGCCUCACCCAGUGCCCUGCGCCAGUCCAGCUCUUGUUGGUCUCACAGCAGCUGAAUAACGAAGCCAAGAACUGGUUCUACGACGUAGCCACCUUACGUAUCGAUGCUACAGGCAGCUUCGCCCAUACGUCAUUCUUCGAAGAAGCAUUCAGCCAGAUCACCGACGCAGCGUUCUCUCCCAUGGAAAACAUCCGCAAGGUUGACAUCACCUUCGUUUGGGAUUCGACUUGGAUCCGCGCGGACACUACUGGGUCUGUCGAAGCCAUUUUCCCCGCCCUUCUUCGUCAGCGGUCAAAGUUCGUACACCAGAUCCUGCUACAAGCGCCCGAUUUGCGGGAGGUCACCAUUCACUGGCAAGUAAACUCCACGCAUGACUCUGCCCAAGACGACGAGAGCACUAACCUGAUGCUUGACAACCUUGAGCCAUUCCAUACGCUUCCUGCUACCGUCAAGGUCGUUGAGCACUAUAUUGUUGCGGAUGCAACGCCUAGGAAACGCAGCGUCGCUGGCAAGCGUCGUGUUGAGUUCCAGAACAUCCUCGACAUGGGUCUCGAUCGUCUCUUCUAA